CUAAAGAUAGCGAGCAAAAAAAUUGCAGCUGCAGCCUUGAUUAACACACCUGAGUCAGAUUUUCCUCUUUAAAGAGCAGAUCUCUGCAGGGAAGUAGACUUGGUCUUCAAAGGAUUUAGUUGCUGUUAGUCGCCAUGUUGGCCCCACCUGUGGUUCUUUUGAUAUUCUCAACAGUGAUCUGUGCAGAGCGAAGCCAACAACAGCUGGAUCAUGGUGAGGAAGACCAAGAUGCCCUCGCAGAUGGCGACAGCGACGACAGAAUCUCCCCGGUGAUCUGGGCGAACAAAGAGUUUGCCUUCCGUCUGUACAGGAAGUUGGCAGGUCAUGCUGCCUCUAAAGGAGAGAACAUCAUGUUCUCUCCAGUUAGUGUUUCUGCUGCCUUGGCUGCUCUCUCUGUGGGGGCGCGGGGGGAAACCCACCAGCAGCUUUUCACUGGUCUGGGUUUCAACAGCUCCCAGCUGGCUCAGACGGAUGUAGACCAGGCCUUUCGCACGUUCAUUGGAAAUAUGGCGUCUCAUGAGGACAUCAGCCAAGGCACCGCUGUGUUUGUGGACAACCUUUUUCAGCCAAAAGCUGAGUUUAUGCAUGUCCUGAAGCAGUUCUAUUAUGCCGACAGCUUCAAUGUUGACUUCACCAAACCUACAGAGAGCGCCGAUACCAUCAACGGGUAUGUAUCGGGUAAAACCAACAGAAAGAUAAAUAAACUGGUUGAAAGCCUGGAUUCAAGCACGGUCAUGUAUCUCCUCAGCUACAUCUACUUCAAAGGAAACUGGGAAACCCAAUUUGACCCAAAGCAGACCAAGCCAGAUGUGUUCAGAAUGGAUGAAAUCAAUGAGGUUCCAGUCCAGAUGAUGAGAAUGGAAGACGUUGUGGACACUUAUUACGACCAGGCCAUUGCCACAUCUGUCCUCCACCUUCCCUUCAACAACUCCUACUCCAUGUUGCUGUUGUUGCCUGAUCACAUGGACACACUGGAGAACGACAUCAGUCCUGCUCAUGUCACUGAAUGGCUGGAACGUAUGAAAGCAAGGAAGUACAGGAUCUUUCUUCCCAAGUUUUCCAUCAAGACCUCCUACAAGCUGAAUGACGUGCUGACUGAAAUGGGAAUGGCAGACAUGUUUGGGGAUCGCGCUGAUCUCAGCGGCAUUGCAGACGGACAGAAACUGCUUGUGUCUGAGGUUGUACACCAAGCGACCCUGGACGUUGAUGAGGCCGGAGCCACUGCUGCAGCUGCUACUGGUGUCGGUAUCAUGGUCUACUCCCUCUCCCAAACCCCAGAGCUGAAGUUCAACCGUCCUUUCAUGGUGAUGAUCAUCAAGUGCCAGACAAACAUUUUCUUCAUGGGCAAGAUCGUAAACCCGAACCUCUGAGGAAGGAAUCGCAGCUGUGUCAUUGCACAUUUAAUAAAAACUUAAUUUGGGACAUCUUG